AUGACGUGCCUGGGAGCCAAGCUCUUGGUGCUGGGGGUUCGUCUCCUGGUGGGCCAGCUGUGCUCUGUGGUGUCCCAGGACGGGUGCUCCUUCCUGGGCUUGGAGGAGACUGGCAGCCUCUACGAGGAGGGAGAUCUGGUCAUCGGAGGCUUGUUCCCUCUCCACAACAGUCCCGUCUCUCCUGUUCUUUCCUUUCAAUGGAAACCGCAACCGCACACUUAUAACUUCAGUCCGCGAGCCCUGCGCUGGAUGCAGACCAUGGUGUUCGCCGUGAGAGAGAUCAACCAGCGCGAGGACCUGCUCCCUCAGCUGAAACUGGGCUUCCACAUCAGGGACAGCUGUGACGACGUGCACACGUCCCUCCAGGAGGCCCUGUUCCUGGUCAACGGCAAGCCAGAGACAGCCAGGGCUUCUGGGGGCGCCGAUCUUCCCGGUCCAGGGACCAGACAGGGUCUUGGAUGUUCAGCUGCACGCAAAGCUCGGUCACCUGUCAUCAUAGGCGACGCUGGCUCUGGAGUCUCCAUGGCCUUGUUAAGAACUCUAGGCUCCUUCAACAUCCCCCUGGUGAGCUACUUUGCCUCCUGCAGCUGUCUGAGCGACCAGAGCAAGUUCCCCACGUUCAUGCGGACGAUGCCGAGCGAUGCCUUCCAGAUCCGGGCCCUGGCACGUCUGGUGCACUACUUCGGCUGGACCUGGGUGGGCGUGAUCGGGGUGGAGUCCGCCUACGCACGCUUCGCCAUCCAGCUGUUCCUCCAGGCAGCCGAGCAGUUCGGUGUGUGUCCCGCCUACGUCCACUUCUACCCUGUGGUGCUGACAGACAGGCCGUUGGAUGAGCUGGUGGACGUCAUACAGGGCUCCUCCUCCAGGGUCGUCCUGAACUUCUCUGGCGAGCCGGAGCUCGUCUCCAUCCUGAGAGAGAUGCGACGCCGCAACAUCACCGGCCUGCAGUGGGUCGCCAGUGAGGCUUGGGCCACCGCCAAGUCCCUCUGGGGAGAGUUUGGGGACAUGCUGAAGGGCACCCUGGGUUUUGGGAUCCACAAGGCGGACGUUAUCCCCGGGCUGGGAGAUCACCUGACCCGGCUGGACGCGGCCAGCGCAUGCCAGUCCCCCUUCAUGGCUGAGCUCUGGCAGGAGAUGUUUGACUGUUGGUUAAACGGGUCCUCCAACACACACUCUCACACAGAGUCGAACCCGGACAGGGGGCCCUGCCGUGGGACAGAGAGGUUAUCGGAUGUCUACUCUGCCUACUCUGACGUGACGGACCUCAGGGUGUCGUACAACGUCUACAAGGCUGUUUACCUCAUCGCCCACGCCCUUCAUGACAUGGGGAACUGCGUUAGGGGGCAAGGUCCCUUCAUCAAUGGGACCUGUGGGGACCUGAAGGAUUUCAAACCAUGGCAGUUGCUGCACUACAUGAGGAGGGUGAAGUUCUCCACUCUGGGGGAGGAGGUCAGAUUCGAUGACAACGGCGACCCCAUAGCCUCCUACGACCUCAUGAACUGGCACAAGGGUCCCGAUGGCUCCCUGCGAUUGGUUAAAGUGGGCUUCUAUAACGCCUUAUUGGUUGAUGAGCAGGAACUGGUCAUAAAUGACUCAGCUAUUCAGUGGCCCGUCGGCCAACAGGCAGCUCGCUCAGUGUGCAGUGAGAGCUGCCCUCCUGGCACCCGAUUGGCCAACAGGAAGGGGCAGCCAGUCUGCUGCUUCGACUGCAUCCCCUGUUCUGACGGGGAGGUCAGCAACCACACCGAUUCCUUAAACUGCAUCCACUGCUCAGAGGACAGCUGGCCCAACGCAGGCAGGGACGACUGUGUCCCCAAGAUGGUGGACUUCCUGUCCUACCACGAGCCCAUGGGCGUGGUCUUGUGCUCCGUGUCUCUGCUAGGAGCCGGCUCCUCCCUGUCUGUGCUGGCCGUGUUCCUCAGCCACAGACACACCCCCGUCGUCCGCGGCAACAACAUGGAGCUCAGCUUCCUGCUCCUCCUCUUCCUCUGCAUCUGCUUCCUCAUUGGUCUCCUGUUCAUCGGCGAGCCCUCUGAUUGGCUGUGCCGUGUGCGGUACCCGGCGUUUGGGAUCAGUUUUGCCCUCUGCAUUUCCUGCCUCCUGGCCAAGACUGCUGUGGUGUUGAUUGCCUUCAGGGCCACCCUGCCAGGAAGUGAUGUCAUGAAGUGGUUUGGCCCCACCCAGCAGAAAGCCAGUGUUCUGGUGUGCACUGCCAUCCAGGGACUGAUCUGUAUAAUCUGGCUCCUCACCACCCCCCCGCACACCAACCGCAACACCGCCUACCUCGGUGCCGUCAUCAUACUGGAGUGUGCCAUGGGGUCGGAGAUCGGCUUCUGGUGCGUUCUGGGAUACAUCGGCCUGCUGGCCUCCCUCUGCCUCCUCCUGGCCUUCCUGGCCAGGAAACUCCCGGACAACUUCAACGAGGCCAAGCUCAUCACCUUCAGCAUGCUGAUCUUCUUCGCCGUGUGGGUCACGUUCAUCCCCGUGUACGUGAGCACGGCUGGGAAGUACACGGUGGCUGUGCACAUCUUCGCCAUCCUGGCCUCCACCUUCGGCCUUCUGUUGUGUAUUUUUGCGCCCAAGUGCUACGUUGUCAUGCUGAAACCGGAGAAGAACAACAGGAAACAGAUGAUGCGGAAGUAA